AUGGCACACUCCGAUUCCCUCGCCGAUUACGGCCUGAAAUCGCGUUUGUUGUGCGGUGUUGGCGGCGCUGGGCGUCACUCUGCGCCUCCGGCAUCCGGCGUGCUCAAGUGCGCUCUCUCGGCCGCGCGCACUGGUCGCUUUGUGUCUCUCGCUCCACGCAUUCGUCGUGAUGAUUUGAAGCAACGUAAAGCCAGGCUCGAAGUACAUGCAGCGCGUUUCGACAGCGCCGUCGCUGCUUAUCCAGACGCAUCCACUGCUCCAGAAGCCAGCCACCAUUCACUUAGCCACGCACACGCUGCAGAAGACGCACAAAUUGCGCCCGCAAAAGUAUCCGAAGGGAUCGAAGUGAACGCACCGACCGUUGUCGACGAUACAAUGACGUCAUCGAGCGGUCACGAAGCUCCGUCACCGAACGUCGACGCAGCGACCAGUGAGAAUGGUCUUCAAAUAGAUGUCACUGAAUCGACGAAUGCGUCGAAAACGUCGUCGAGCCUGCUAACGCCUCCUUCCGAAGACGACCAGGACUCGAAGUCGAGCCCAGCACAGUUAUCUUGUGAAGCCAUUUCGAAAAAGAAGAAGUCUAAUGGCGUUCGCAGGACUGACGAGGUUGUAAGGAAAAGUGGAAGGAUUACGAGAACCUGUGAUCCAUCAGCUGCUGAAUUUGUUGACAACUAUGUUGAUUCUAAGAGACUGAAGCAACCUCGGAUUGUACAACCACCGAAAGGUGGUACACGUAUACCAAAUAUGGUACCACGAAAUAAAAGUACUAAGGAAAAGGACAAGUUGUCAAUUGACAUGGUUGGUCCUCGAACAAGAAGUAGUCUUGCUGAGCCCGUCUCCCCUCUUGGUGGCACUCGACGACGAAAUAUGCAUGUUGAACUCACUGCUAGGAUUGGUCCGGAUCAUCAGGCUACUUUUGAGCCAUUUUAUGCGUGUGAUUUCGUAGCUCCUUGGCAAGCUGAGGAGGAACCUGACAGAGAGGAACUGAUGUGGCAAGAAGAACCUAGCGGAAGCUCCGGGUAUUCAACUGAAGAGCUUGAUGAAGCUUGGUCAGCAAUUCGUUCACAGUACGGUGGGAGAAUUGAGCUGGAUUCGGUAUUAUUUUGUUUUAUGAAACACAACUACAAUAUUGAUGCACUGUUAGAAAAUAUUGAAGUUGAGCAGUGGACAAAUUUACCGCAGCCUUUCGAAGAAGAUCUGAAAGGGAAAAAUUUUGCAGCCAUUCAGGACAAAUUCAUGCGACAGUAUUAUCUGGGUGAGAUUACGAAGUACUAUUACGACUCCAAAAGGCGAUCCUGUAUACAUGAGCGUUAUACGCAGUGCACUUGCAGAGAAAGGCUUACAAGCGCAGUUGAAGUGAAAGUACCACGUUUUGAGUGCGCAAACUGUACGAAGUACUUGUGGGAAGGGCGGCCCAGGCCGGCGAAGUACUGUUCCAUUUGUCAACUUUAUUAUAGAAAGAAUGGUACUCAUCGAACUGUCGUUGGAAAGUUAUUCGAGGCGGAUGAAAGAAUUGUAAAACGAUGGAUUCAGCUGGAGAAAGAUAAUAAAAGGACAAUGUCGAGUUCAGAGGUCCUUGAGUGGCUCGAAGCUGAGCGUCGCGAGGCUGUUGCCAUGAAUCCAGAUUUCGACGAGAUUCCAACACAUCCGGUGAAGAAAAAGCUCACGAGCGAGCAAAUCAUGGAUUUAACGCAGAAGUUCAAACCUGUAACAAAUCCAAGGUGCGCUCUACAAAGUGAUUUUGGCAGUGUGGUCAGUCGGGUAGCUCUCGAAGGCUUCAGAGAUGAUGAAAUCCUGGAAAUUGUAAGAGCUUUCAAAAAAGUUGGCAAGAAGUUCGGUGAAGUGUCGAAGAUUGUUGGAAAUCGAACGCCACAAGAGAUCUCGAUUUUCUAUCGACGUUACAGGUUACAGUAUCACUUGGACGCGGUAUUCGAGAGUUCACGUAAAGCCGUCUUGCCUCCCAUCAUUGCCUCAUUGACGAAGAACAUAAAUCCUGAAAAUAGUUCCUCGUCUCCUACACCAGAACCUGUUUGUCGAAGAAAACGAGCUGGUUCGGAUCCGUCAUAUCCGGAGGGCGAUGUGGUUCCUAUAAAAACCACUCGCAUAACGAGACAGUCGGCCGCUGCAGUCCUUCGUCAUCCAGCUGAGAAGGAGCAUAACGGCCGGUCAUAG